CAUGCCAGGAGAAGGCUGCUUUGGGUCCCUCUGGAUCUUUUCUAAAUAGGAGAUUCCUGUUUACUAGAUGAGUUCCAGAAUCAUCCACUAAGGCUUCUGCAGCCCUCUUCCAUCAGUUGACCUUCACCGGAAACCCUAUUGCACAGAAUGAGUGGCUUCCUCACCUCCCUGGACCCCCGGCGGGUGCAGUGGGGCGCUGCCUGGUAUGCUGUGCACUCCAGGAUCCUGCGCACUAAACCAGUGGAAUCCAUGUUGGAGGGGACUGGGGCUACCACAGCACAUGGCACCAAGCUAGCCCAGGUGCUUACCACCGUGGACCUCAUCUCGCUUGGCGUUGGCAGCUGCGUGGGCACUGGGAUGUACGUGGUGUCUGGCCUGGUGGCCAAGGAAAUGGCGGGACCUGGUGUCAUUGUGUCCUUUAUCAUUGCAGCUGUUGCAUCCAUACUCUCAGGUGUCUGCUAUGCAGAGUUCGGAGUCCGUGUCCCCAAGACCACGGGGUCCGCCUACACCUACAGCUACGUCACUGUGGGGGAGUUUGUGGCAUUUUUCAUCGGCUGGAACCUGAUCUUGGAGUACCUGAUCGGGACUGCAGCUGGUGCCAGUGCCCUGAGCAGCAUGUUUGACUCACUAGCAAACCACACCAUCAGCCGCUGGAUGGGGGACAGCGUGGGAAUCCUCAACGGCCUGGGGAAAGGUAAAGAAUCAUACCCCGAUCUUCUGGCCCUGGUGAUAGCGGUCAUUGUCACCGUCAUCAUCGCGCUGGGGGUGAAGAACUCCGUGGGCUUCAACAACAUCCUCAACGUGCUGAACCUGGCGGUGUGGGUGUUCAUCAUGAUCGCAGGCUGUUUCUUCAUCAAUGGGAAAUACUGGGCUGAGGGCCAGUUCCUGCCCCAUGGCUGGUCAGGGGUGCUCCAAGGAGCAGCCACGUGCUUCUAUGCUUUCAUUGGCUUUGACAUCAUCGCCACCACCGGAGAGGAAGCCAAGAACCCCAACACAUCCAUCCCUUAUGCUAUCACCGCCUCCCUGAUCAUCUGCCUGACAGCAUAUGUAUCCGUGAGCAUGAUCCUAACUUUGAUGGUGCCAUAUUAUGCCAUUGAUACAGAGUCCCCGCUCAUGGAGAUGUUUGUUGCUCGUGGGUUCUAUGCUGCAAAAUUCAUAGUGGCCCUUGGGUCGGUUGCAGGACUGACAGUCAGCUUGCUGGGCUCCCUCUUCCCAAUGCCAAGGGUCAUUUAUGCCAUGGCUGGUGAUGGGCUCCUUUUCAGGUUCCUGGCUCACGUGAGCUCCUACACAGAGACGCCAGUGGUGGCCUGCAUUGUGUCAGGGUUCCUGGCAGCUCUGCUCUCGCUGUUAGUCAGCCUGAGAGACCUGAUAGAGAUGAUGUCCAUUGGCACACUCCUCGCCUACACCUUGGUCUCUGUCUGUGUUUUACUCCUCCGAUACCAACCAGAGAGUGACAUUGAUGGGUUUGUCAAGUUCUUAUCUGAGGAGCACACAAAGAAAAAGGACAGCAUUCUGGCUGACUGUGAGAAGGAGGUUUGUUCUCCUGUGAGUGAAGGAGAAGAGUUUUCUGGCCCAGCCACCAACACAUGUGGAGCCAAGAACUUACCUUCCUUGGGGGACAAUGAGAUGCUCAUUGGGAAAUCAGACAAGUCAACCUACAAUGUUAACCACCCCAACUAUGGCACUGUGGACAUGACCACAGGCAUAGAAGCUGACGAGUCGGAAAACAUUUACCUCAUCAAGUUAAAGAAGCUGAUUGGGCCCCGUUACUACACCAUGAGGAUCCGGCUGGGCCUCCCAGGCAAAAUGGACCGUCCCACGGCAGCUACAGGGCACACGGUGACCAUCUGCGUGCUCCUGCUCUUCAUCCUCAUGUUCAUCUUCUGUUCCUUUGUCAUCUUUGGUUCUGACUACAUCUCCGAGCGGAGCUGGUGGGCCAUUCUUCUGGUUGCUCUGAUGGUGCUGCUCAUCAGUGCCCUGGUGUUUGUGAUCCUGCAGCAGCCAGAGAACCCCAAGAAGCUACCCUAUAUGGCCCCUUGCCUCCCCUUUGUGCCUGCCUUUGCCAUGCUGGUGAACAUCUAUCUUAUGCUAAAGCUCUCCACCAUCACAUGGAUCCGGUUUGCAGUCUGGUGUUUUGUGGGUAUGCUCAUUUAUUUUGGGUAUGGCAUCUGGAACAGCACCCUGGAAAUCAGCGCCCGAGAAGAAGCCUUGCACCAAAGCACGUACCAGCGCUACGACGUGGACGACCCUUUCUCGGUGGAAGAGGGUUUCUCCUAUGCCACAGAAGGCAAGAGCCAGGAGAACUGGGGCGGGCCUGCUGAAGACAAAGGCUUCUAUUACCAGCAGAUGUCAGAUGCGAAAGCAAACACCCGGACAAGUAGCAAAGCAAAGAGCAAAAGCAAACACAAGCAAAACUCAGAGGCCCUGAUUGCAAAUGAUGAGUUGGAUUAUUCUCCAGAGUAGGAGCAGGCACACAAGAAAUAUGCAGAAAUCAUGGUGAUUUAUUUUCAGUAACCUAAUCUGUGGGCUGGAAGGUGCAAACUUGUUUGGCUCUCAUUUCAAAAAUCCAACCUUCCCCGAAGUCAGUCCCCACGCAUAGCCUGUCAUUUGCUGCUUUUGCUUUUCAGAAUAGUUCUGUCGAAGGGAUUCACCUGGGCCCCUAAUGGGCCCCCUUGUAAAAAAUAAACAAGAAGCUACAAGACAUUCUGUCUUAGGUGCACCCAUCAGAGCUGAUGGCAACAAAUGUUCCCUAGGCCUGUGCUUUGCUGGUUGAAUCUUUUUGCUUCUUGCUGAAAUCUCAAGAAGCCAGGAGAAAACUCCUUGGGCCACGCUCGCACUGCGGCUCCUCCUGCAGAUGUGCCAAAGCAGGUGGUUGUGGGCCCACGGCAGUAUUUCAACCACCUGAGCUCUUCUCCACCUGCUGGGCUGAGAGCUCCCUGAGGCCAGGGUGGUUAGGGACGCACUGACACCUCCUGAGCAAGCGGCCCUUCUUCCUGAAAUCUCACAAAAACAAGGUCAUGGAGAAAACACAUGCUUCUUUCACUCACUAAGGUUCUCACAGUUCCCAAACUAUAACUUUAGGAUCCAGCAAAGGUCAAGGACUCUGAGAUCAUUUCCCCAGAAAUUUCAGGUUCACCAGAAAGCAGUCGUGCAAACCCGAUGACACGGUAAGAAGCACCAUCAAAGCUCACCUUAAACACCCAGAAAAAGUAAAUAACCAUCUCUUGCAGUGAAGGCCAGAAGGGCAUUGGCAGAAAUCAAUUCUCUGUCAUGCCUUCUCAUAUACCAGACUCCUGCUGAUAGGAUGCAAGAGGGCAAAGUUUGGAGAAUGAUUUCAUGGCACUAAUAUGCCUUGAAGAUGUAGGCUAUUUUAUAAUCAGAUAAAAAUCUUUACAAGGAGAAGUGAGCCAGCCACUGAGGUCACAUGGCAAAUUCUAUUUCAGGUUUUUGAAAUUAUAAAUUCUGGAGUUAAAUACACAACCAUUGAUUGGUGAGUGCUACUCUGAAAACAAAGAUGUUGAAGCUCAGCUACUUAGGUAAUUGCAUUCCAUGAGAUCACAUUUCACUUCUGAACCUCAUUCCUCCAGAGUAGCUCACUUUGGGACAAGUGUUUUUGCUGUCUAUUCCCAGAUCAGUUCCCUGAAGCCCAGAGAAAUAUCUACCUGGGAAGGUCUAAAUCUGGGCCAUAAGAGAGACUCUAAAAGGACUCUUCUCAGAAAAGCUAGAUGAGAGAAUUUGCAUCAGGAAAAUAACACAUGGUCUAUAAAUUCUACUCUUGGGUUACAGAGAUGCGCAGGGCUGCACUGAUGUGUACACAUGUCUGCAUAGAGAUGUGUACACAAGGGCACAGUCUGCAUAGAGAUAAGACUUUUGUGAGAAUUUCCUGAAAGGGGAGCAAAAUAGAAAAUUUCUUGCCCUGUCUCUCCUGAAUCUGACAUUAUGCCAGAAGUUUUCUAGAAUACAUCAACUAAGGUUUAAGUAUUCUUUCUUAAAGGUUGAGGUUUAUGCCAUCUUGGCUUCUUUAGGAUUAUGGAGAUGAGACAAAAGUGCAUUUUUUCACCCAGUUACCACUGACUGAGAAUGUUCCCAGUGCUAAGUGAUGGGAGUGAAGUCAUGUAACAUCUGCCCUGGGGGCUCACAGCCCAGGGAAGGAGCAGUGCUGGAGUCUGAAGCAUGUAAAACAACCUGGCCUCACAGGUCUUCCUGUUGGUGCACUGGGCUUUAAUAUAUUGUAAAAAGAAAGCUCAAUUAAAACUAGUAUUUUUAAGUAAGUUGCAUAUCACACCCAUAGCCAAUGAAUGCCAUUAAAUUCAAGUAACUUCUGUUUUCUAGAUAUGCUUUUUAUUCCUCUAUAUUAAUGGCUUAAAAUUCUGGUUUUCUGAGGUCGUUUUAUUUUAAUGUAGGGUAUGGCAGUGCCAUGUUUUCUCUUCCCUAACCUUAACCAUAAAGACACAACGUCUGGUCUGUGAAAUAUAUCCUUGGGGAAUUAACUGUAAAUUAAUCAUUGGCAAUUUUGUAAAAACUAUUUUGAACUGGGUUUAGGCCUCAACAAAUCUGCCUAGUUUAAAUAUAAUCCAUUGAGAUACCCAGAUAGGUAGGAUAGGUCUAUGUCCACUAAAAAUGUUCAAAGAGAAAUAUGAACACAAAUAACAAAAUGGUAAUGUGGGUGAAAGAGCUUCCUUUCACUAGUGAAGUUUAGGAGUUCAGGUCACAGUAGCCUGUGGGCAGAUGGACGGAAUUUCUCUAGCCUGAGAAGAGAGAACCAUGCUUUGGUGAACACCACUGGCACUACUCUUGGGAGGAUGCUGGGAACCAUCCUCAUUCCAGGAGCCAUUUCUCCCAACAGUGUAUCUAUUAUUUUUAAGCUUUGCUCUUUUUAUUUCUCUAAAGUCCAUUAGUCAUCUUCCUAGCAACCUUGGUUUAUUUUAAAAAUUAGUCAAGAUGAUAAAAAACAGUUUUUAGGUAAAUAGAUGUUUUUCCCCAUGAUUACUAGCCUCUGUGAAACAGACCCAGAUUUCACAAUGCAGUGUUCAAAUACCAUCAGUCACUAGAAUUAUUCUAUUAGUGUUUCCUAAUAAUUCUCUUAAGACUGCAUUUGGGGGGCUACACUAGAAGUAAGAUUGCUUUAUCAUUACCAUAGAAACUUAGCCCCCUUGAAUGGAGUCCAAAGAAGACCUACAUUUUAUUGAGUACUUCUCUGUAGCAAGAGCUCUUCCAGUGAGGUUUCGUUAUGUGGAGAUGUGGUUUGGAGCCAAGCACUUGAUUUUUUUUUAUUGUAUUCUAUUUAUUGCCACUUUGCUUCACUUCAAAAGGAUUUAAGGUGGCUAUUAAAAUACAUGUAAUACCAAAAAAAUUAAAUGAGGAUCUUGAGGAAAAUAAAAAUGGAAAUAGAAAGGAUGAAACAAAGCUUGAAGUAUGUUUAGUGUGCAAGUGAAGAACCUUGAUAUGCAUUGCUAAAUUUGCCAAUGAGGGGGUAACUUGAAAAAUACUGGAAUUGUUGGUAAUGACAAGAGUAAGUACUCCUUCAUGAUAAGAACCAGUCUUUCCCAAUGAGGACAGAAAAUUUCAAUAGCAAAGAUUAUUGAAACCCACAGAUACAUUUCAGGCCUAGAUUUUACCAGUCACAUGUGCCUGGCAUACAGUGGAUAUUCAGUAAAUAUCUGUUAAUUGGAUAGAUGGAUGGAUGGAUGGAUGGAUGGA